AUGACACCGCAGAACGAGAAAAGCUCCCUCAAGCGUGUCAGGGCAACCGCAGAUAAUGAUUCGCAAUAUCUCAAAAAGCCACGGCGCUCCGAGAGGAUCAAUUCCCAAAGCAAAUCACAAGCCUUAGACAACCAGUCGUAUCUGCCCACACCAUUGACUCAACGAGAAUCGACUGCUACAGACAUCGGAAAGGAGUCACCUGCUCCACCCAACGAAUCCAGCCAGGUCUUGCACCAACGUACGCCCUCUAUUUCAGAACCCCUGCAAGCCAGUCCUUCACCUCCAGGUGAUACUCAAGCUCUUUCCCAGUUUGUCUAUCCGCCCAGAGCAUUUGCGGAUGAAGUCGAAGACGAAGCUGCAGAAGGGGUCUGGGGUUAUUUAAUCCCACUUGAUGACAAGGUUCGACACGCUUUAGUAUUGAGGAAACGUGGGAGUUGUGAAGAGCGCGAAUAUGCAGAACCCACAACUAGGUCCAAAAAGGGAGCCUCGAAAAAAAGUACAGAAUCAAUACGCGGAGGUCAUUCUCAGUCACCGGGGGGCUAUCUGAUAGGUCGACAUCAUGAAUGCGAUCUGGUGAUUGAUAUCCCUACUGUGUCGAAUCGCCAUUUCUUGAUAUUCCCGGAGAGCAGAAAGGGGGAUUCCGUCGCAGUUCUAAAGGAUUCGUCCAUCAAUGGUACUUUCGUCAACGAUGCAAUUGUGGGCCGAAACAAGCAACGUGAUCUUGAGGAUGGUGAUGAAGUCACUAUCUUGAAUGAAGCACGAUUUGUUUUCAGAUACCCCCGGACUAGAGACACAAAUCGAUUCCACCAGCAAUACAGAGUUCUCCAAACACUUGGAAAAGGACACUUUGCCACAGUCUACCUCUGCGUAGAACGGGCCACAGGAACUCGAUAUGCCGUGAAAGUGUUUGAAAAGCGGUCCGGCGAUUCACAGCGCUCACAAAUCGAUACCAUGCAGCAGGAAAUUGGUGUUUUGAUGGGAGUUAGUCAUCCGAACUUGCUCUGUCUCAAGGAUACAUUUGACGAAAGCGAUGGUGUAUACCUUGUUCUGGAGCUUGCCCCAGAAGGCGAAUUGUUUAGCCUGAUUGUUAGCGAAACAAAACUCUCAGAAAGUGACACCCGCCAUAUCUUUCUUCAACUGUUUGAAGGACUGAAGUAUUUGCAUGAACGAGACAUUGUUCACCGAGACAUAAAACCCGAGAAUAUUCUUGUCACAGACAAGAGUUUGACUGUGAAACUUGCGGAUUUUGGAUUAGCCAAGAUUAUUGGUGAAGAUUCAUUCACAACAACAUUAUGUGGGACACCGAGCUAUGUUGCACCAGAGAUUCUGGAAGGGUCACAUCGCCGGAAAUACACAAAAGCUGUGGAUGUUUGGUCACUUGGAGUUGUUCUAUACAUAUGCCUUUGUGGUUUUCCCCCGUUCUCGGACGAACUAUAUACACCUGAACGUCCCUUCACUCUAGCGCAGCAGAUAAAACACGGGCGCUUCGAUUAUCCAUCUCCCUAUUGGGAUACUGUGAGCGAUCCGGCAUUGGAUCUGAUAGACCGAAUGCUUACGAUUAAUGUCAACGAUCGAAUCACGGUGGAUGGAUGCUUGGAACACCCAUGGGUCACAGGAAAUUACCCUAGUGUUUAUGACAGCACAGAUGGCUUGACUGGCGCCUUAGGGAAGUUGGACUUCUCAAAAAGGAAACUAGCACGCGAGCGAACGCUUCUCAGCCACAUCAACAAUGUCCUCUAUAGUGAACACGAGCAGGAAAGCGGUGCUGCUGUCAAGGUCUUCCACAAGAGUGAUACCGGAAAGCGUGUCAACCACCCAGCAAGAAUUAUGCAGGAGUGUGAAGCAUCCCCAAGUGAGAAUAGUGCUCCUAAAGACUUUCUCAAUCUUGGGGAACGGGGUGAUCCAGUCCUGUUUGACUGCAAAUCGGCGAAUGGCCAUAGAUGA